AUGUCUGAAGGUGUCGAGGAUCAGCAACAGGGCUACGAGGGAACUCCUAGGGACGAAUUUAUCGAUACUACCGAGGUUGAACAAGAGAUCGCUUUGGGUGAUGACGAUGACGCCCCAAUGGACGAGGAUGAUGACGAAGAGGGCGAUGAGAUUCCUGAGGGUGAUGAAAUGGAGAACGAGACCUUGGAGAUUGAUAUGAGUAACAAUUCUGUGACUUAUUUUGACAAACAUACCGAUUCAGUAUUUAUAGUAUUCCACCAUCCAACUUUACCAUUGGUUUGUACCGGUGGUGGUGAUGACGUUGCACACCUCUGGACUUCUCAUUCGCAGCCGCCUAAGUUCGCUGGGACGUUGACUGGACAUACAGAGUCUGUUAUUGCAGGUUCCUUUACCUGUGAUGGGCAGUUCUUGGUGACUGCCGAUAUGACCGGUAAAGUAUUAGUUCAUAUGUCACAUAAAGGUGGUUCCCAGUGGAAGAAAGUAUCAGAGUUACAAGAGGUUGAUGAAGUGGUGUGGUUGAUUUGCCAUCCUACGAUACCAGGGAUCUUCGCAUUUGGUGCCAUCGAUGGAUCUGUUUGGUGCUACCAGAUUGAUGGCUCUAAAGGCUCCUUGGAGCAACUCAUGUCGGGAUUUGUGCACCAGCAGGAUUGUUCUGCUGGUGCCUUCAUCAAUGUGGAUAAGGGUGAAAACACAUUGGAGCUAGUGACUUGCUCGCUCGAUUCUACCAUUGUUGGUUGGAACUGUUUCACAGCUCAACCUUUGUUCAAGAUUGCUCAAGAGAACAUCAAAGGUUUAGAAGCACCAUGGGUGUCUAUAUCGGUGGCACCCGCCAGUCUCACAAAUGGUAACGCAGCUGUCGUAGCAUGCGGUUCCAACAAUGGUGUCUUGGCUGUAAUCAAUUGUAACAAUGAAGGAUCAGUGUUACACUUAUCCCAAGUCAUUGAGUUGAAAGAAGAGGACGAUGAGCUAGAUGCAUCUAUCGAAUCGAUCGCAUGGUCACAAAAUUUCCCACUGAUGGCAGUCGGUUUGGUUUCCGGUGAUAUUCUACUUUAUGAGACUAAGACCUGGAAAAUUAGACACAAGUUCUUGCUGCCGGACUCCGUGACUAAACUGUUGUUUGAUGGUGAUGACUUAUUUGCAUCCGGUAUUGAUGGUAAGGUAUAUCAGUUCGAUGCAAGAAUGGGUAAAGAGAAAUUUGUCUGUACUGGCCAUAAUAUGGGUGUUCUAGACUUUGCACUGGUCAAAAAAGAUGACUCUUCGCUCAGGAGAGUCAUCACCGCUGGUGACGAAGGUGUAUCACUUGUUUUCGAAGUUCCAAAUUAA